UUUCUGUACAGAUGGGUUUGGUACUAGGAAACCGUGACGCUGUCGUGAGGAGGUCAUACGAGUUUAAUAAAUAGAUAUGUAUUUAUGCGUGGGGCGCUUUGCACAGCGGUGUUAACUGACCAACCCUCUUGCUGUGUGGAAAGACGAAACAGUAUUUAUCUGACUGCCUAACUCCAGCUACAAUGCCUACCGUAAGGGAUAAUUUUAAAACUGGACUGGAGUUCAUAGAACACCUGGACAGAACUCAAAGGAUACAGAAGAAUAAGAGGGAAGAGCUCCGAUCCAUCUACAACGAGGAGUUUAGAAACAGAGAUGAAAUCAGACGACCCAAUUUCUCCUGUAUUGUGUUCGCUUUGAAGAAAAACAACAAGGUGAAAGUGAAGAAGGGAUUGCUGUACUUCAAUCCACCGUCUGUGGAGUAUUUUGGAGACCAAUGGAGAAGGCCUCGUCAGCAGCCCCCUGCUAACAGCCCUGUGCGGAUGAACGGAGCCUGCCCUGGUGCUGCUCCGGCUCACAGUCCCACGCAGAAGGAACUGGGGAAGAGAAAGGCCAGAACCAUCAUUCAGCAGCUGAGACAGAAUCGAUCCAGUAUCAUCUCAGACAAGGGAGGCAUUGUGAUCCGCUCCGAUCAUGCCUUCACGGAGGGCAUGAUGAAAUUCGAGUUCGCUCCUGAGCAGACCCGCGUUGUGGUCAUUUCUGUGGAGAACGCUGGGCCGGAGCCAGUGAAGUUCACGCUGUACGAGGCUCUCCGGAGGAUGCAUGUCUUUACCUUCAGAGACGAGCACAGGGUGACCAGGGCCUGCCCCCUCCUGCUCAGUCCGGGCGACACCUAUAAAAUUCAAGUCUCCUGCCUCAGUUCCCAUUACGGCUAUUUUCCUGUCACCGUGGUUUUCGAGUUCAGACCCCACGUUUCCGGAGACUCCAAACCGUUCUACAUUGUGCGAAUGCUGGCGGGGGUGGCGAACAGUGCCCUGUCCAAGGAACUGGGUCCCACCUCUCCUUACAAACCCUACCAGAUCGCCACCCGGAGGCCAGUCAACGUCCAGGUGGAGGAGGGCCUCGUGCCAGAAAGCAAUUAUCAGCCUGAACUGAAGGUCGUUCCGUUACCGAACUUUGACUACCCCAAACGUUUGAAGGAUUUGGUGAAACAAGGGCUGGAGGAUUCAGACAGAUUAUACCCUGAGCUGAAACAGGAGCAGAGCAGAGUGCAGCUUUUGCUCGAAUCUCAGUUGCACUUUGAAAACUACAAAGAGCGAUUCCAGCUACUGCUGCACCUGGAGGAGAUCCAGAUGGAAGUGGACAUUAAGAAGUACGACAUGCACGAUGCUGUCAUGCACCCGGACCCCCAGCAGAAGCGUUUCCUUAUACUUCACGUGCCUGGUGUGGCUGAGAACAGGCCCUCUGUGUUGAAAGGGGACUACUUGCUCGUGUCAGAGAGUGAAGACCCAGGGGACCCUGUCAUCAAGUACAAGGGCUGGGUGCAUGCGGUGCAGCUGGAUAAACUGAAGCUGGGCUUCUCACAAAAGCUGGUUAAUAAGCACAUAGCCAACAUGAAGUUCGAAGUGACGUUCACUUUUAACCGCCUGCCGCUGAAACUCCAGCACCGCGCGGUGGAGCUGGCGGUAAAGCACGACCUGAGAGACUUCCUGUUCCCCACCUGCAGUCUGGGAACCAACCUGCCCAUUCCGACCCUGAGGCUGUAUGAUCAGAACCUGGGGAGGAAUCCUGAGCAGGAGAUGGCUGUGAAGUGCAUCGUGGCUGGAACGUCGAGACCAGCUCCAUUCCUGGUGUUCGGACCUCCAGGGACAGGCAAGACUGUCACCAUUGUGGAAGCCAUCAAACAGGUUCACUUCACUCUCAAAGACUCUCGCAUCCUGGCCUGCGCUCCCUCAAACAGCGCCUCGGACCUGCUGUGCCAGCGCCUGCUGCAGCACGUAGACAAGCACGCCAUCUACCGGCUCAACGCCUUCAGCAGGGACCCCGGUGAUCUCCCCGCAGACAUCCUGCCCUGUUCUAACUGGGACUCCAGUCUCCAGAGCUUUGUGUUUCCUGCGAAGGAGGUGCUGAUGGAGAAGUACAGGAUCCUCGUCACCACCGUAGUGACAGCUGGCAGACUGGUGUCCGGUGGUAUUCCUCCUGGUCAUUUCUCGCACAUCUUCAUUGACGAAGCCGGACACGCAGUUGAACCAGAAUGCAUCAUCCCAGUGGCAGGGUUGUUAAACAAAGACCAAGGGCAGCUGGUUUUAGCCGGAGACCCAAAGCAGCUCGGACCCAUCCUGAGAUCCCCGCUCGCAAUAAGACACGGACUGGACGUGUCCUUGCUGGAGAGGCUGAUGACACAGAACAGUCUGUACCAGAAGGACUCCAGCACCGGAGCGUUCAACAGUCACUUUGUGACGAAGCUGCUCCGCAACUACAGGUCCCACCCAGCGAUCCUCAAAAUUCCCAACGAAUUGUUCUACGACGGAGAACUCCAGGUGUUUGCUAAUGAAAUUCUGAGAAACUCCUUCUGCACCUGGGAGAACCUGCCCAAGAAGGGCUUCCCGGUCGUUUUUCACGGGGUGCAGGGGCUGGACGAGAGGGAAGGGAACAGCCCUUCUUUCUUCAACGUGUCUGAGAUCGACGUGGUUGUGUCCCACGUCAAGAAGCUGCUGCAGAAUCAAGGCAAGAAGGGCAUCCGCAAACUCUCUCCCAAAGAGAUCGGCAUCAUCUCCCCCUACAGGAAGCAGGUUCAAAAAAUCCGAAGUGCAGUUAACACCGUUGACAAGGAGCUGAAAAGCAUGCCGGACAUCAAGGAGCUGAAGGUGGGCUCUGUGGAGGAGUUCCAGGGGCAGGAGCGUACUGUAAUCCUCAUCUCCACAGUGCGCAGCACCAUGGACUACCUCAAAAUGGAUGAGGAUUUCAAGCUGGGCUUCCUCAAGAACCCAAAGAGGUUUAAUGUUGCAAUGACCAGAGCCAAGGCUCUCCUGAUCGUAGUGGGAAACCCCUUUGUUCUCAGCAAGGACCCAAUCUGGCACAGGUUCAUCCAGUACUGCAGUGAAGGGGGAGGCUACACUGGCUACGAUUUCACUGAAGAGGAGGAGGAGGAGGAGACCCUGGUGACCCGGCUUGCCUCUCUCGAUAUCAGCGCAGAGCCUGAAGACACCUCUGGGGAAAGCGCUGUGCAGCAGCAGCAGGAGCCGGAGUGGAGGAAUGAACUGUGAAGGGCAGACACUCCGAGAAUCCAGUGAGACCCACACUGGAGACGGGAGGACUCGGGGGCGGCGUAUUGCACUGAAACCACCUUUUUAUCAUUAUCAUUCCUGCUUCGGAUUCUUUAUUCACUUGUAAUGCAGAUUAGAUGCAGCCAGCCUUUAACAGUCGUGGUGUUUUUAUAAAACAGAACAGACCAUUUUCAGUUGAGUUGGGAUUUAGAGGCACACGACAACUGAAAACUUAUAUGAGGGUUUAAAAAAAUUAAAUUAAAGACUGAAAAUAAAAUCUAGGAAUAUGCAACAUGCCGAUUUCUCUUGCAAAGUUCUGCAUGGUACAAUCUGGGACGUUUUUAGUUUUAACUGGGGAGCAAAAACUAUUUUAAUCAGCUACUCCUCAAAGUGCCUUGAUUUCUAUUCGAUCCUGCCUUCCCAGACGUAGUGAUGUACAAGCAAAGAAUUCAAAAUCUGUUUACAUCAAUGCAAGUUUAACUUUACAUUUUGAGGGGAGUUCCGGAACUCCCCCCCCCGUCGCCGUUAUCCUGUUUCAUGCAAAACCAAGACUUUUGAAUCCAUUCUCUCACCUCUUAUUUGAAAAAAAGUGUAGCUCUCCUUAGCUGUUUGUAUGUCGGCUUCAGAAUCCGUACAGAAAUCCAGCGUUAUCCGAUUGUGACACAGCUUGGGUAGAUAAUGGUAUCAGAAUCUGCAGAGAGGUAGUGGAACCUGUCUGUGCUUUUGCAUGCACAGUGAAGGUCUGGCUGAUCUCUCUCUCUCACCAUACUCCUCACUCUAAAUUCAUGUUUCCAGCCGCGGUGAGGUCUGUUUGUGUGUUACUAACAGACUUGUUCACGCUGGUCUCGUUAUCACCGCCCCCCCCCCCCCCCCCCCCCCCUUUUUCUUUCAUUUGUGAUGCAAGAGUUUUUGAAAUUCAGCUGAUACCAGUUCCUGUGCUGUAGGUCAUUCAACUGGUCCAGCUUCAAUCGGAUCUUUUAAUCUACAGCCCCGAAAGCACCAAGAAACUGCAGUUGCACCUUUUCUCUUUUUAAAAAAAAAAAAACGAAUUGUAUUUUUUUUUUAUCAAGAAAUGUAAUUUUAAGCCUUGGUUUUGCACUCUGCUUUUGGCCAGCAGACCUGUUUUUACAGGAGUUCACUGUGUGGCAGGCUUCCUUUUAUUUUGUUCUCUUAAAUCUUUACAGAAAAUAAUGAAAUGCGUUUUUUAGAAUAUGAAGAACACCGUGUUAGGAGUGGAGCUCUGCUUCUCCUUUUUUUGAGGUUUUUUGUGUUCGUAAUCUUAAAUGCUUUCAGAUCCCGAUGUCUUUUUCAUGCAGUUAAUUCAUGUUUUAGAGCCUAGCUGAUGUUUAGUUUGUUUGAAACUGGGGUUUUGACAAUUGCUGUUAAUAAAGUUUCUGCACAGAAUUGCA